AUGAAUAGUAUUCAAUUACCCUCCGACGUUUUAAAGCUAAUUUUCUCGAAUUUCGCUGACCCAAUUUAUCAAGAGGAACUUGUAACAAAUCCACCUGGACACUGGAUUCUUUAUAAUUGUAUGUUAGUUAAUAAGGUGUGGUCAGAAGUAGCAGUUCAAUUCCUUUGGCAACAACCAUUUAAAAUCACAUAUUCAGGACCGUGUUAUAAAGUACUCGAUUUAUUGUUGCCUUGGGCAAUUUUCGAAAAGAGAAUUCGCGAAAUGGGAAAACAUUCAAUAGAUGCAUCUAAGCAAAAGCAAGAACAACGAAGACCACUUUUACAUAGAUAUUUUUCAUUCUCACGGAAAAAGAAACAGCAGGAGAUGCAAAUACUUCCCAAUCAUAUGUUUAACUAUUCAUCCUUUAUUCGUAAAUUAGAGUUUAAUAGAAUGAUAGCGGUGAUCUGCUGUUGGUCAGAGAAAACCUUACCAAAUGACCUGAAAACCUCCAAAGAAUCUAUCAUAUUAUGCGUUCGACUUUUGUUUGAACUAUUUUUGAAUAGUGGAGUCCGAUUAGAGUCAUUAUACAUAAAUUCUUCGGGUUUUUUUCCUUUUGAUACUGUGAGAGAUAAAAGGGUUAACAUCAGUAGCUACCUUCAUCUACUACUUGAUUCACAUUCGAUUCCUUUAUUGGAAAAUAUACGUAAACUUUGGUUGAAAACCAAAUCAAAUGACGAGGAGAAUUCAAUUGCUGAAUUGCAAAAUAUUUGUAAAAAUGUGGAAUUUAUGAAUUUGGACAAUCUAGCCGAUAGCUACCUAUAUCGAAAUUAUCAUGCUACAAUAGAAAGGUUUGUGGGAUUGAUAGGGUCACAAAAACGACUCGUUUCACUCACAGUUUCCUAUUGUUCGGCGUCAAAAAUUAACGAUAUCCUAAAAAUUCAUUCAACAACACUUCGUCGAAUCAAAUUCAUCUCCUGUGAUUUCCUUAAUUGUCAAGAAUUAGAUGGUUUGGCCUCAUGCAUAAACCUCGAGAAAAUGGAAUUUUAUUGUUGCACUAAUUUAAAUGCGGAAAUGUUGCAGCCAGUUUUUAGUGCGGAUUACAAAAAAUUACGAUUGGUAAUUCUAUUGUUUUCAUCACCUGAUUAUAUUUGUGAAGAGUUUCGUGCAUGGGCGACAGUCAUAAAUGAAACUGGGAGGUUGAUGGAUUGA